UCCAAAUCGAACGUAGUACGGUACAUGGGGACUCAUUCUUGAUGCAGAGAACGUCGUUUCGAGUUCUCUCUUACCAAGUGUUUGUUGUCUAAAAUGAAGCCCAGAAGAAUUAUUCUGAUGGGUCUUCGACGAAGCGGAAAGUCUUCGAUUCAAAAAGUUGUCUUUUACAAAAUGCCGCCGAAUGAAACUUUGUUUUUAGAGUCGACGGCUCGUCUCACACAAGAACAUAUUUCCUCGUUUAUCGACUUUUCGGUCUGGGAUUUUCCCGGUCAAGUGGAUGUGUUUGACGCAGCUUUUGAUUUCGAAAGUAUCUUCAUUCAAGUCGGAGCCCUGAUUUUCGUUAUCGAUGCACAAGAUGAUUACCUAGAUGCAUUGGCUCGUUUACAUGUCACUGUCGCCCGUGUCGUGGCCAUUAAUCCCAAUAUCUGUAUUGAAGUAUUUAUUCACAAAGUGGACGGUCUUAGCGAUGAAUUUAAAAUCGACACUCAACGGGAUAUUCAACAGAGAACCCAGGAUGAGCUUGCAGAUAUCGGUCUCGAAAAUGUCCCUAUUUCAUUUCAUCUUACUUCCAUCUUUGACCAUUCCAUCUUUGAAGCCUUCAGUCGUGUUAUUCAAAAACUAAUUCCUCAACUGCCAACGCUUGAGAAUCUUCUUAAUAUUUUUUGUGCUAAUUCUCUCGUUGAAAAGGCUUACGUUUUCGAUGUACUUUCCAAAAUUUAUAUCGCUACAGACAGUUCCCCAGUUGAUGUACAGAGUUACGAAAUUUGUUCUGAUUUUAUAGACGUUAUUCUUGAUAUCGGCUCUAUUUAUGGUUGUGCCCAUGAAAAACACUCCGAACGACAUCCUGAUGCUUUAGACGAAACUUCCUCCAUCAUCCGAUUGUCCAACGACUUGGUCUUGGUUUUGCGCGAAAUGAAUCAAUACCUGGCCUUGGUCUGUAUUAUCCGUGCCGAUAACUUUAAGAAAUCCGGUCUUAUUGAAUAUAACGUUCAAUGCCUGCAAACAGCAAUCCAAUCUCUCUUUUCUUCCAAGUCGUAAAAAUUCAUACGCUCGCUCGCUGACUAGCUAGCUAGCUAGCUAGCUAGGAUUACCUUUUGUCUGUUUUCAUUUACGUCUUAUAGAUGUUGGAACGUUUUCUUCAAAUUCCUUUACUUUUCCUACAUUAUGUAUUUUCUUUUUUACAGCUCUAAUUUUUAAUCAUGUUUUUGGCUCAUUGUCUUAAUUAACCUAUAAAUUCU